AUGCACUCACUUUACUUCUGGAUGCCGAUGAGGGAAGCCCCUAGAAUCCAGCUCCGAUACCAAAGCUUGGAAAAUUUUUGUUAUAGAUGUGGAAUAAUUGGCCAUGAAAAAUCCAAUUGCAUCUUUGAAUCACCAAUAGACAAGCACACCAAAUACAAUCAGCAACUGCGAGCAUCUCCAUGGAAAACUGGGAAUAUUCAUCACACAACGAAGGUACAUCUUUCGCCGAAAAACUCAUCAGAAAAAGGAUUGUCACCACCAACCCUCAAUGAUCAUCUACGCUUAAAAUUGUCGAGGGUUAGCCCAUGCCUUGACAAUUCAUCACCUAAUGGCUGA